CAAUCUCCACAUAUAUAUACACCAAUCCAUUCCAUCUUUCACCAUCCUCAAUCCCACAACCCAUCUUUCACAUAUUUAGUUUCUUUCGAAAUUUAUCACCCUUUGAUCGUUUAAAAAAAAAUCGCGUAACGAACAUGGGGAAUUACGUUUCGUGUAGCUUAAUAACCAAACAUUCGAAUAGCACAAAGGUGAUCUACCCUAAUGGUGAAGUCCGCAAACUUCAACAACCAAUGAAUGCGGCUGAACUCAUGUUGGAAUCGCCCAACACUUUUGUUGUGAACUCCAAAUCACUCAGGAUUGGGACAAGGUUCUCUGCACUUAAUGCGGACGAAGAUUUAGAAAAGGCGUCCGUAUAUGUCUUGUUUCCUAUGAAUAGACUUAAUUCAGUUGUUGUAACAGCUGAUUUAGCGUCUCUUUUUCUUGUCGCGAAAAAAGGUAAUGGUAAUAAAAUAGGAAGUGUGAGGGUCUUGCCCGAGAAUGCACCUACUCCACCACGGUUGAGUGUGGAGGAUAUUGAAGAGUUGACGUCGCCGGAGUUUAAGCAAAUGAUUUCGAUGUGUAGAUCAAAGAAGCCAUUGUUGGAGACUAUUGCUGAAGAACCAAAUUCUUCAAGAUGAUUGUUUUGUGACCCGAAGGGUCUUUUUUUUAAAUUCGAUUUUUGUGAAUUUAUUUUAUAUAUGCAAAUAUAUAUAGGUACAAAAUGAUUCUUUAUAUAUUCUUUUAUGCGAAGCAAUAAGGGAAAUAGGUUUGCAAAUUGCAAUUAAGUUUUAGUUACUCCUUCAUAUGUGACAAUUGAUUUUUUUUAA